AUGAAUAUUCAGGCAUUAGUGUUCUUCUUUGCAGUCUUACUGGCUUCUUCUAAAGCGUCUAAUGACGUUGGUAACUGUACAUUUAAAGAAUAUUACCAAAACGAACGUGUGUGUACUACAGCGUUUAUACAUGGAUUACAGGAACAGCCCAAGCUAAGCUGCAGACCAAAGCUAGAAGAGUUUUUUAACUGCACCAUUAAAGUUGUCAAAGGCUGUGUAAAAACGCUAGAUGCAGCUGGCGAAGCUGCUGUACGAGCAGAUUUAGAGAAGAAAGCAACUGAAAACAAGAUGUGUGAAUUAGGUGGGAUGCACUUUGAGGAACCAGUUGGGCCAAACCAGACCUUCCCUUGUACCAUCAGUAAAAACGAGUACAGGAAGCAAACGGCAUCGUGUUAUGAAAGUUUUGAGAAGAUGUGGCAUAAAAACAGGAAUGACAAAGGAUUGUGCAGUGGAUUUGCAACGGUGAAAAAGUGUGUACAGAAUGUCAUGACAUCGAAGUGUACAAUAACAGGGGACUUCAAGGAAAAAACUGAUCUGAUGUUUGAUGAUUACAACCCAUUCUGCUCUGAGAAGCCGACAAGCAAGUCAACAAGGAUCAAAACACAAGCUUUGGUCAACAUUGCUGUCGUUUCUGUCCUUUUAGUAUUGUCUAUUAUUUUAUAAGCUGUCAUUUUUGCAAACAUGUAACAAAACAUCUUUGUGCUGUUAUUCUGAAAUAUAGAGAACUUGCUCGUCAAAUCUUUUUUUUUUCUUCAAAUUUUAGGCUAAUUCUUUCAUA